AUGCGCGUAAACAGCCCGGUGCGCUACAUUCCAGAUCCCCGCAUUGGACGGGCUAGAGUGGGCAUCCAGCCAGGAUGGAUGGUGCCGGCUCAGCCCGCCUGGCCUCCAGUGCGUCUCUUCGGCCCAGGACAUCCUGUGCCGGCUCUGCGCACUGUGUCUCCGCACCAGGCUUCCAGUGCAUCUCCCCAGUCCGUGAUGAUCCAUGGCCCGGAGCCUGCAGUGAUGAUCCAUGGCACGGAGCCUGCAGUGAGGAUCUAUGGCACGGAGCCUCCAGCGACGGUCUCCAGUCCGGAGCCUCCAGCGACGGUCCCCAGUCCGGAGCCUCCAGCGAGGGUCCCCAAUCCGGGGCCUGCAGCGAGGGUCCCCAGUCCGGGGCCUGCAGCGAGUGUCCCCAAUCCGGGGCCUGCGGAGAGGGUCCCCAGUCCGGUGCCUGCGGAGAGGGCCCCCAGUCCGGGGUUGGCGACGAGGGUCCCUGCACCAGAGGCACCACCAAAAUGGCGGGAGUCAGAGGUGGAGCGGGGGCUACGUCCCGAACCAGAGCCGCCGCCAAGGGUAGAUGCCCACCCGGACCCUCCCCUAUAG